UUUCCAUAAUUCAAGAGUUGGAAGAAGUAUUGUAGUGAAAGAUUAGAUUGAAGGGAAUAAGGUGUGCAUGUACCGUUUACCUAGGAGAUGCUAAUGAAUUUUAUUGUACAAUUUAUGUUGUUAAGUUGAGGAGGUGUAGAAAUGUCGCGUUCAAAAUCUGAAAAGAUCGGAAACGGUGGUAAAUGUGAAUUAAGCGUUUGGACACGUGCGAUAACAGCGAACUCCGAAUGGCCGGAUAAAGAAGAAUUUCUUGACGUUAUAUAUUGGGCUAGACAAGCAAUUGGAAUUAUAGUUGGUAUAGGAUGGGGUCUCAUACCUUUAAAAGGUUUCAUAGCUCUAUUACUAUUUGUAUUAGUUAAUGCAGGCGUUACAUACUUGUACUUCAGUAACUUUCAACAAAUCGAUGAAGAGGAAUUUGGUGGUGUAUGGGAAUUAACUAAGGAAGGUUUUAUGACCUCGUUUGCUGGCUUUUUGGUAACUUGGAUCAUUAUAUAUACAGGACUGCAUUUUGACUGAUCAUUUUUAUCAUAUACCGAUGGUAACUUGACUGAUAAAAAUAUAAAUGCAUAUAAUAAUUUUCACAGAUCAAGUGCUUUAUACAUACAUGGAAAUUGCAUUAUAAACAUUUUUGUGGAAAACAAUCAUCCUUUAUAUAGCUGAUUUGCUCCUCGAAUUUGUAGCGCAUUUAAUAAACAUGAGAUGUAAUAUUCGA